GGUGUGCCAGCAUGUGCGCCAGCCCUGCCCACGCUCCUCCCGCGCUCUCGCGCGCUCUAUGGCUUACGCAGGCACGUUCGAGCGCCUCGGUGCGCAGCGUCAAACUGAGGGCCGGCGACAGCCCGAGGCGCGCCGGAACCCGCUGCCGCGUGGCGUGCCGCCCCGAUCCACCCCAAGGGUCAGCCCGAGGCUCACCGCCCCUACAUGUGGCCACCGGGCGAGAACGAUGGUGCAGCUGGCCGCGACGCGCAUAGCGCUGCACACGCACAAGUUGUGGCGGCGGCGGCGCACCCGGUCCUCCUCGCCAGACAUGAAACGCGGCGCUCCAUGCGGCGGCAACGCAUUCGUGGCUCUCUGGUGCUGUGCGCGAGGCGCCGACGGCGCCGUCGAGGCCACGGUGGACGUUGCCUACACGUGCUCGCUGCGUGAGACUGCUCACUGCGCGCGACCACCCAGUGCUCCAUCCGGCAUCCGACGUUCGCGAGAGUCGCCGCCGACGCACAGUUUACUGUGAUCUGACUUGAACUUUUGUGUGUCCCCAUACAUCGCUGCACGCUGCUGUGACGCGACGACGCUGUCUCGAGAGAGAAAGAGUGAUAUGUGACGGGAUGUGAGGGUUGCAGCAGUUGGCUUGCACUUUUUGGUAGUUGGUGUAUACACGCCGCGUGCGGUAAACGCGUGGGUAUACACGC